CCUAGGCCCAGCCCAACCCCUCACCACUUAUCUUACUUUACCCCUUAGCCCAAUGUCCCAAAUCCCCCCAAUCCACCCCUCACCCGUAUGUAGACAAAAAAAAAAGGGGGAAUCCACAGAGACUGCCGGAGAAACAAGAAAGCACGCAGAAGAGGGCAAGAGUCGAUAGCCGAAGAAAGGACGCCGGCACGCCGCCGGACGCCGACCUCCACCCUCCCGUCUGGUGGCACCUGCAGCCAUGAAUCCAGGUGGCUAUACCGCUGAAGUUAUUGGCCUGUCCCCUCUUGCUACAGAGAAGGACGUUAGUGAUUUCUUUGCUCUCUGUGGGAAGAUUGAUCAUGUUGAGAUAGUCAGAGCUGGUGAACAUGGAAGUACAGCGUAUGUGACAUUUAGUUCUUCUCACGCUCUUGAAACAGCUGUUUUGCUCAGUGGUGCAACAAUAUUGGACCAACAUGUAUGCAUAGCCCGUUGGGGACACUAUGAAAAUGAAUAUGAUUAUUGGAAUCCGCCUUGGAAAUCUGAAGAAGCAAGUGAUUCAACUGGGCAUGCACAAGAGGUCCAGUACUUUCCUUCUGCUGGUGAAGCUGUGAUGAUGGCCCAAGACGUGGUGAAAGCAAUGGUAUCCAAAGGGUAUGUGCUAGGGAAGGAUGCUUUGGGUAAGGCCAAAGCCCUUGAUGAGUCAUAUCAUUUGUCCGCCACUGCAGCAGCCAAGGUGGCCGAUUUAGGCGAGAGGACUGGCCUUGCUGACAAGAUUUUUGCUGGGGUUGAAGCCGUUAGAUCAGUGGAUCAGAGGUUUCACAUUUCAGAGAAUACAAAAUCGGCUGUCUCGGCUACAAGUAGAACUGCUGUGGCUGCAGCAACUGCUGUUGUAGGCAGCUCCUAUUUCUCCAAGGGUGCCCUAUGGGUAUCGGGCGCUUUGAGCAGAGCAGCAAAAGCUGCAUCUGAUUUGGGCAGUCAAGGGGUCAACAAACAAUGAAUGGAGGUAUGGAGAGUCUUGUGUAAUGACGUCUUUACCCUCAGUUUCGUCGUAUUCACAUAUUACAGUAUCACUCGGUUGCAACAAUAUGUUAAUAUGUCCAUAAUAUGCUAGUUCAUUACAUGCUUUUACUAUGGGUCAUGCUACAAUCACACUUCACAUAUGACAGUAAUGACACCAAAAUUAACACCACCACCAGUGUCUUUGCCGACAAUGACGGGUCUCAUAGACAGUUUGUGUGAUUCUCUGAUAGUAUUGUCAACUUUGGUGUCAUCCAUUGGAUUAAAGUAGCAUUUUCCUA